CCUCUGAGAGCCCCAUCUAAGCCUUACAAACUCGUCACCAAGGUGAACGGAUUUAGCAGGUGGUUGCUGUGAAAUUGGGUCGCUUCGGGCAGUGUUUACCCAAGAUCAGGGCGGGCUGUGCGGGCAAAGUUCAUGACCCCACCUGGAAGGGGCAGCCUCUUUACCUUUUCCGUCGUAGAUCGCUUCAAUCAAGGAGCCCCUUCCAAAGAAAUUGUCACUUCUCCCUGCUCAACGUCCCUCAUGACUCACGCCAUGUGACGGAGACGUCCCUGGAAUGAAGGGCCUGUGCUUGUAUUAUCAUAUACUAGGCCUUGCACGCCCGCCUAUCACCACGUGGGGAUCGUCCUUGGUAGCUGAUCUCACGCCAGAAUGUCAGACUUUGGUGCAAAGGUGAAAUGGAAGAGGGCGAGAGCGCCGAAAGUGAGGUCUGGCUGUAGGACAUGCAAGUUCGUAGCAUAUUACUACAUUUGACCGAAACUUGGCUAAUCGUAGUCCAGAAUCCGCCACCUCAAAUGCGAUGAACGAAAACCCACGUGUUUCAGAUGUGAAAAGGACAAACGGACGUGCGACGGCUACCUUGCUCCCUCAGAGAGCAAACCAAAGACAAAAUCUCUCGCCCUCCACAGAAAGCAGUAUGACCUCAUAUCUCGCCGACUCGCGACAGCCUCAAAGCUUCUUGUCCCAGCAGCUUUAUCACCAGAGACGUUCGGUUCGACGAUAGAGUUGGACCUUUGCCACCACUUCCGAACAUAUACGGUAUCAGAACUUGCGAGCUCUCUCAACGCAAUGAGCUUCUGGCACGCGUAUGCAUUACCACUCAGCCAGACUUCAAAACCCGUCAAGGCUGCCAUUGGAGCGUUGGGAGGGGCGCACAAGGCCUUCAAGCUUCAGACCCAGACUGACUCAUUAACGCAAUCCCUCGCCCAAUCUUACGAGAUCGCGUCCAUCCAGCAAUACAACAAUGCAAUUCGGGUAAUGCAAGAGUACAUGAACUCACCCGAUAAAGACUUUCAGGUUAUUCUAACCUGUUGUUUAAUAUUUAUCUGCACAGAGAAUCUUUAUGGGCGCUACACGAACGUAUCGCGGCAUUUGGAAGCUGCAUUUUCUCUGUUGAACGCCUGUGAUCGAUGGGACUUGGCGAAAUUUAUGGAAAAUAUUGGCCCUUCAUUAUGCGGCCUGGCUUCUGACCUAUUCUUCUACGUGGGAGACAACCAUUCCUCGAAGCUUGUCUCGGAGAUUACAGCAUGGGCCGAUAAGCAAGACCCGAUUGACCUGGAAGAACCCGGUGAGCCCUUUACUUCUGCACAAGCUGCAGCUGCAGCAUUGACACGAGUCGAGACGCUUUGUGACGUGGAGCUCUACGCCGAUUGCCCAGACUGUUCAAAUGAUGGGGUUCAGUGCGGCGAUGGUGGGGUUGUAUGCAAGCAACGAGAUAAAGGUUUGGUGUCAGAAGCCUUUUACCAUCAUUGGAGCGCACGAUAUCAUGCUUUCAAGAAGACAUUUGAUCCAUCGAAGGCCUCAGAGUCAGAGCUAUUUCGGUUCAAAGUUCUUGAACUGGAAGAGACUACAUGGCAGGCCACUUUCAAGCUCAACCACAUCGACGAGGACUUGGAAACGGCCGAUUGCAUCGAGAUAUUGAAGAAGGCAGAAGAGAUCAUCAAGAUGACCCAAAGCGAUAAGGGCCAGAUCUUCACAUUCCAGGCCAAUCUCGUCCCUCCAAUAUCCUACGUUAUAAUAUCAUGCCAGGACACAAGCGUGCAAUGGGAGGCGGUGAGGCUUCUGCGGUGUCUCGGGAGACGGGAAGGCCUUUGGGAUAGCAGGAAAAUGGCGGAUAUUUACACGAAUAUGAUCAACGCAAAGACAAACAAGCUACUAACGUGGGAGGAUAUUCCGGCUGACGUGCCGCAGCUGACUGAACUUCUUGGUUCGCUGAAUCUGUGAGGACGCCAUUACAGAUAAUAAUAGAAACAGACACAACUACAAUAAACUUGAUCACCGGAU